AUGACGACCCUGAGCCGCGUGGGUAUUCUUCUUGUUCUCUUAAACUUUGGCCGAUUGAGCGAAGGCUCUCCGUCUCAGAACAUCGACGCAACCUAUCCUCUGGGGCAGCGGAAUGGAGACGUAUACCAUGCCAUUAGUCGAGAGUUGCAUAGAAUCACGCCGAGGGACCGCGCAUGGAAGAAUAGCACGUCCUUCGAUAAAAGCUGGGAUGGCGCCGUUCUCCUGCAGCUAGAUGCGGAGGCUAAGGCUUCGACUGCCAACAUCACAGUGGAAACAGGGAUCGAAGUUAUUUGCACAACGUGCUACCUCAAAGGCGUGGCCACUGCCGAGCUUUCUGUCUCGAAGACAAUGAACAUUUCCCAAGAGCUCAAGCAACUCAGUGAGAGCCUGAAGGACACGGUGGAGAACUUCACAGACGCGACCAAGGACUUUGUGGAGGAAACCGUUGACAACGGCAUUGGCAGCUUUGGCAGUGACGAGGACUUCAAGUUCCCGACCUUCGACUUCGACUUCAACAAUCUCAGUAUACCAGCUGUGCCCGAUACUUCUCUUCGGUUCAGUUUCGAUGGCCUGGAGCUUUACAUGUUGAUCGACACUACGCUAUCGCUGGACGCUACAUACACACUGAACCUGUUCAAUUCAGGCCGCGAUGUGGCGGGUAUUAUGCCUAUUGGCCUUCACAUUACUGACGAUCUUGAACUUGGACUCAUGUUCACCGUCUAUCUCGUAUUGGCCGCCCGUGCGGACAUCGACGUGAGCAGCGGCUUUCAUCUGUUGCUCGAUGAUGGCUUUGCGAUUUACAUUGCACUCUUCGGCGACAAUGCCUCGAGCAUCACUCACAACGGCGGCCAAUCCGAAUUCCUGCCCGUCGAAGUCGAAAGCGCCGGAGCUGUCUUCGCAGCUACACUACGGAUCGGUGCUCAUGCUGGCCUGAGUUUAUCUACGCCAAAAUUGCCCACCAUCGCAAACCACAGCUUCUCUGUGGGUGGUGGUAUUGAGGUCGGCGUCUUCGCAAACAUAGCCGAGUUUGUCACCAACGUCACGGCUCAGCCUGACGACUCGGACUGUCAGCUCGCAGUAGCUCAAUCUUACCAACUCGCCUUGGGCGCUGCUGCUGGAGCGACAGUCGCAUUUGGCACUCGUACCUGGGGCCCUGUGGCUACUACGUCGGUGCCCAUUUUUACUACAGAACUUGCCUCAGCAUGUGCGAGCAAGGGCCGUACCAGACCAACCUCCACCGAAGAAGCCAUUCUGACUGAACCCAAUUUGAGCCCGGGCAGACGUCAAGAGCUAAAGUCCACUGCUACCACAACCACAGUGACGACAUACACCGGGGUCAAUUGCUUGUCUGCUGGACUGGUCAACUGCCCAGCGUCGUUGCAGAGUACUAUACUUUCCAGUACAACUAUCACAAGGACCACUGCCGCCCCAUCAGGCACUGACGAAGACGAUAUCAUUUGGCCUGAUGCCAUCCAGAGUACCGUCACUUCAGGUGCUCUCUUCAACAAGGACGUCAUAAGGCUGCCAUCGACCUCUGGAAGUCCAGUCUCUUACGUGCGCCCACCAACAUCAACAUCUACUACUACUGACGGAGGAAUUGCCGGAGGAAUUGCCAGCCAGGUUGAGGACCGAGUCAGGGGCAUCGCCAAGCCAGUCAUUAUCGGUGUCAGUGUUGGACUUGGAGUGCCGUUGCUAAUCGCGAUUGUUCUGGGAAUUCUGUGA